AUGAAGCAGUUCGAUGCAUUUUCAAAGCCAAUAGCUGAGUUCCGUAUAAAAACGGCAUUUGGAGGAUAUUUGACAAUAUUGAGCAUUAUCGCUAUGAUUGUAUUGUUUUAUUCUGAAUUAAAAUAUUAUUUGAGUAUAACAAGAAAGGACGAAGUUACCGUUGAUCAAUUGUCCUCAAAUAAAAAUAUUAAUCUUAAAAUGCAGCUGGAAUUCCCAAAGCUACCAUGCGAUAUUGUAGGAGUGCGUUUAAUUAAUCUACAGGAAAAUACAGAAAUAUAUUUACCGGAUGGAGGAAUAGAAUACAUUGGGAUUGGAUCAAAAGGAAAGAAUAUGAAUAGUUCCUCUGAAUGUGGGCAUUGUUAUGAUGCAUCAAUAAAUGAUGGUUUUGGUUCAGUUAAAUGUUGCAAUACAUGUAAUGAUGUUUUCAAUGAAUAUGACAAACGAGGAAUUAAGUUACCUCACAAAAUAAGUUUCAAACAAUGUGAUUAUGAUAGAUCAAAAAUGAUUUCAAAUGCACUGUCUUCCAAUUUAAAUUUAGAAGGAUGUAGGAUUAAGGUAAAUGGGUAUAUACCCAAGGUUAAGGGUAAAAUCGAAAUUUCUCACAAAAGAUGGAUUAAAUAUAAAGAAAUGACAGAUCUUGAAAUUGCAGAAAGUCAUUUAUUUAAUUUUUCAUAUAAAAUAAAUUAUUUAGAUUUCGGUGAAGAGUUACCUGGAAUUCCAAACAAAUGGAAAAAUCAAGAGCAUAUUCAAAGCUCGAAGUUUGAAAAGUUGGGAUAUACACAAGACUUGGUUUUUGAUGAUGCUUACAUUGAUUUUGAUAUGCACUGCAUACCUACACAAUAUAAUACUAUAAAUAAUAAAUCAAUUAAUUCGCACCAAUUUUCAGUCAGAAGUCAAUACAAAAAAGUUGUUGUUUCCUCAGCUAAUGGCAGGUUUAUUCCCGAUACUUCGAUACCUGGAAUUCAUAUUAAUUACGAUUUUACUCCAUUUCUAGUGAAGAUGACUGAAAGCCGUAGAUCGUUUCUAUCAUUCGUUACAGAAUGUUGUGCCAUAAUUGGAGGAAUUUUUGCAUUUUCUGGAAUGAUUGAUAUAUUCUUCUUUAAAUUUUUAUCUAGUAUUAACAAGUAUAGACAAAAAAACAAUACAUCACUGAUUCAAAAUUACUAA